GUAUUACGGCACAAUUUUUUUUAGUUUUAGAACAAGGGUGUCAUCCCACCUCCCCCCUCCCUCCGCACAAGCAUAUGAUAUGAUAACAGGCCAGACAACAUGUUCGGCCGAAACUUCCAAGCAUCCGUCCCCCGUACCCGUACCCUCAUUCUCCAAAACCGCCAGUUCUCGGCUUCCUCCAUCAGCAACGAAGGAAACAACAAUGAUAGUGAUGAUAAACCUAGUCCUUCCCCUCAUCCUCCACAACCUCCCCCGUAAUCCACUAACUCAUAAACUGCGUAAUAGAAAUCCUGAAAAUACCCGUCGACGUUUCUUCGCUCCUACGCAUGCGCCGUGCAAGCACCCCGGCGAUCGAGCGCCGCGUGACUGCCUCUGCGGAAGAUCUAGGACUUGAUUCUCCGGCUCCCCCGACCGCGGCGGGGGGCGGGGUUUUUGCCCAGUGGGAGCGUCGCGAUGGAGAGCAGCAACACCGGCAGGGGAGCAUUACUAGUAGGUACUUUUCUGCACCGCCGCCCCCACAGGGACCGACUUCCGAUCAGGGUCCUAGGAUCAUCGCUCCGCGGGGGGGACUUUUUCGCGGAGGCAUGGGAAGGGGGUUUAUUGGUGCUCAGAGGGGUGGUGGGCUUGGUAUGAGCCGUGGCAACGGUAGAGGCGGGUAUGGUGGAAUAGGUAUGGGAGCUCGGGGUGGCAGAGGUGGCAGAGGUGGUAGAGGUGCAAGAUCCCGGGGCCGCGGCCGUGGGCGAAGAGGCGGCGAUGAGAACAUGUCGUCUUCCUCAUUCACCCGAGCCAGGAAGCCUCUCCCACCACCGCCAGAAUUGCCCGAGAGCGUAUACUCCCCGGAUGGCUUUGCGGAGGCGGAAUUGAUGGGGUAUAUUCCUGCCACGCAAUUGACCGUCACCGGCGGGGUUUCUAGCGGGUUGCUGGAUAGAGUGCCUGUCACUGAAAAUACCAAGGGGUGGUCCGCGGCUAGGUGGCAGGAGUAUCGGGAUCGGCGAGAGAGGGCAGCGAAGGAGGUUGUUGCCGGAGAGUAUGAUGAUCCCGCUAGUGAUGUCGGGCCGUACAGGGAGGUGCAUAGGCUUAUAACAGUUAAUGGGUCAUAUACGGAUAAGGUGAAAGGGAAGCUGUUUGCGGCGGUCAAGAGGAAUGUACCGAUUGAGUUGAUUCCUCCUCCGCCUGGCCAGGUGGAGGGGAUUUCGGCUGGGGAAGGGAAUUGA